UAUUUCUUUUGCUUACAGGAGUUCGAUUUUUUUUUUCGUGAAAAUGACUGAAAAUGUUCAUCGUCUUGAAGGAACGUCCGGAGGUGUGGGAGGCUUGAUAAUCAGGAAGAAGAAAGGAGAUGCGGAAGGCAGUGAUGAAAUGACGUUUAAAAAACCUCCAAUUCGUGCAUCUUUGCUGGGUCUGGAUAAGCUCGCCUUGGAGAAAAAAACUCACGCGGAAAAAGAAGCCAAGGAAACCCCUGGACGAGCUGAAGUAGAAGAAAAGGAACGCGGGAGGCAUUAUCGUUCCAGUUUGGAAGAAACUCCUUCUCACACUGGUGGAGUUUCAGAGGAAGCCCAAAGACGAUUGGACGAGCGCAGAAAGCGCGACCGAGAUCGUGGAGCACACUUUUCCUCUAUCGCCAAAAAACGUCGUGGUACGACAUUUAUUGAAAAAAUCCGCUUCCGUGUGUCCAAUAUCAGUGCAUUUGUUAUUCUCGUAGAUGACGAUGUAAGGUAUAAUCACGAUAACGGACGCAGGAGAGACGAUCGGGAUCGCCGUGAUGAACGCAGGGGUAGAGAUGACAGAGAAAGACGGAACGGAAGUCGAGACAGGGAGCGAAAUCGGGAAAAUUCUGCCGGCAGGAGUGAUCGACGAGACAAAUCAGAGCGUGACGAUGGAGCGACGCCUCGUUAUCGAGACGCGCCAACCCCCGAUCUUGGUUACAAAAGUGAUAUGGCCAAAACUUCCUGGGACGAAGAUGAUGCCGAUAAACCGAAGGAAGCAUCAAAAUCUAGUUGGGACUAUCCGUCGCCGCUGGUCAGUAGAUCCACCACUCCAUCAGAAUACGGCAGUAAAAGUAAUCGCACGGAUUGGUCCAUACGUUCCGAGCGUGACCGACGUGAUGUCCCCAGAUCCCGGAAUGGAAGUCCGCUACCCACACCGAGCUACAAGUACAAUCAAUGGAUGCCUGAUAGGAAGAAAAGCGGUGCGACACCUUUUCUCAAUAAAGAUGGUGAUCUUUGGCGGUCAGAGGAAGAAAAGGCAGUUUGGGAGGAAGAGCAAGUCAAGUUGGACCGAGAUUGGUACUCGAUGGACGAAGGUUACGAUGAGACGAGAAAUCCUUUUGCGGAUGUCUCUCGAGAAUACACCGAAAAGAGGGAGAAACAGCUCGCGAAUCGCCCAGCUGCGCAGAAUCGAAAGCGAAUGAAUGCGAAACAAAGGCAAAUCAACAAAGACAUCGAUAGAUGGGAGACGAACAGGAUGUUGCGUUCGGGCGUUGUGUCUUCAACUGGCAAUGAUGAAGAAAUUGACGACGAUGAGGGCGAAGCCCGAGUUCAUCUACUCGUCAGAAAUAUUGUUCCUCCUUUCCUUGACGGUCGCAUUGUGUUCACGAAGCAGCCUGAGCCCAUUGUUCCGAUUCGGGACCCAACGUCGGACAUGGCUCAAGUUUCACGGAAAGGAAGCGCACUUGUACGAGCCCACCGAGAACAGAAAGAACGACGCAAAGCUCAAGAGAAACACUGGGAACUCGCCGGAACUAAGCUGGGCAAAAUCAUGGGCAUUAAAUCUAAACGAGAAGAAGAAGACCUCGAACGAAAAGUUAAGAAGGAGGAACGGCAUAAAAAGCGAACCGAGGAAGACGGUAAUAAUGGGAAAGAAUCUCGUCGUUCUAAACGCGACGAAAGCAGCAGUGAUGACGAGGACUACAAAACGGAUCAGAAGUUCGCGGAGCAUAUGAAAGAUACUGGCGAGGCCGUGAGCGACUUUGCCAAGAAACGAACUUUGAAGGAACAGAGACAGUAUUUGCCCGUGUUUGCUGUUCGAGAUCAACUUUUGAACGUAAUACGAGACAACAGUGUCGUAAUCGUUGUUGGAGAAACGGGGAGCGGGAAAACGACGCAGCUUACGCAGUAUUUGCACGAAGACGGGUAUACUAAAUUUGGUAUGGUCGGUUGUACGCAGCCGCGUCGUGUGGCGGCCAUGUCCGUCGCCAAGCGUGUUUCAGAUGAAAUGGCCUGUAAACUGGGUGAUGAAGUUGGUUACGCUAUACGUUUUGAGGAUUGCACGAGCGAGAAAACAAUUAUCAAGUACAUGACGGAUGGUAUUCUUCUCCGAGAAUCCCUCAGAGAGUCUGAUUUAGACAACUAUUCUGCCGUAAUUAUGGAUGAAGCGCACGAGCGUUCCCUGAACACGGAUGUUCUUUUUGGUCUUCUGAGAGAGAUUGUCCGUCGUCGGCACGAUUUGAAGUUGAUUGUCACUUCCGCUACGAUGGAUUCCACGAAGUUCUCCACCUUUUUUGGAAAUGUUCCUGUGUUUCAUAUUCCUGGUCGAACAUUUCCGGUCGAACUAUUCUUCAGCAAAAAUUCUGUUGAAGAUUAUGUCGACGCAGCCGUGAAACAGGCUAUACAGAUACAUCUGGGACCAGUUGAAGGAGAUGUUCUAAUUUUUAUGCCUGGUCAAGAAGACAUUGAAGUUACGUGCGAGCAGAUCCAGGAACGCCUAGAACAAUUAGACGUUAAGCAGAAAGAAUCUAAAGAAAAACAGGCAGGACCUCCUGGACUGGCAGUCUUGCCUAUAUAUUCGCAACUACCCUCCGAUCUUCAAGCUAAAAUCUUUCAGAGAGCACCUGGGGAUUUACGAAAAUGCAUUGUUGCUACGAAUAUUGCCGAAACUUCAUUGACUGUUGACGGCAUUUUUUUCGUCAUUGAUGCGGGUUAUUGCAAGUUGAAAGUUUUCAAUCCCCGCGUUGGUAUGGAUGCUCUGCAAAUAUUUCCAAUUUCGCAAGCUAAUGCGAAUCAGAGAUCUGGGCGAGCCGGCAGAACUGGUCCAGGGCACUGUUAUCGAUUGUAUACAGAAAGGCAAUUCAAGGAGGAAUUGCUCGUAGCCUCAGUACCCGAAAUUCAGAGAACAAAUUUGGCAAACGUCGUACUCCUGCUCAAAUCCUUGGGGGUACAGGAUUUAUUGCAGUUUCAUUUCAUGGAUCCACCACCUGAGGACAAUAUGCUCAACUCCAUGUAUCAACUCUGGAUUCUCGGUGCAUUGGACAAUACCGGAGGUUUAACAGAGCAAGGGAGGAAAAUGGUCGAGUUUCCGUUGGAUCCGGCUUUAUCCAAAAUGCUGAUCGUGUCGUGUGAAAUGAAGUGCUCGAGCGAAAUUCUCAUAAUAGUUUCGAUGCUUUCCGUGCCGGCGAUUUUCUUCCGACCUAAAGGCCGAGAAGAGGAUUCGGACGCGGCUCGAGAAAAGUUCCAAGUUCCGGAGUCUGACCACCUCACGUACCUGAAUACUUACACACAAUGGAAAUUGAAUAAGUACUCCUCGUCCUGGUGCAACGAGCACUUCAUUCACGCGAAAGCGAUGAAGAAAGUACGAGAAGUGCAUGGGCAGCUCAAGGACAUCAUGGAUUCCAAUAAGAUGACGAUCACGUCGUGUGGUUCGGAUUGGGAUGUAGUUCGCAAAUGCAUUUGUUCGGCGUAUUUCCACCAAGCAGCAAGAUUGAAGGGCCUCGGGGAGUACGUCAAUUUACGUACAGGUAUGCCGUGUCAUCUGCAUCCCACUUCUGCGCUUUUCGGAAUGGGCUACACUCCGGACUACAUCGUCUACCAUGAGCUUGUGAUGACUUCAAAGGAAUACAUGCAGUGCGUAACUGCCGUUGAUGGACACUGGUUGGCCGAACUAGGUCCGAUGUUCUUCUCUGUUAAGGAAACCGGUGCUUCUCGACGCGCUACUCAUAAGGACACGGCUCAACAUAUCACUACAAUGGAGGAGGAAAUGAAAAUGGCUCAAGUGGAAAUGCAACGGAGAAAGUAUGAGGAAUCUGAGAGAGCUUCACAGGAGUCUAUGAAAAGGAAACAAGUCGUGGCAACUCCUGGUCGUGACCCGUCGACACCGAGACGCAAGCAAACGCCGAGACUGGGAUUAUAAUUUGAAGGCAUGUAAUUUCAAUUAGAUCUCGUUCACGACCGUGAGAUUAACAUGAUCACGAGCAAGUUUCGCGUCAUUUCAAACGGUUUUGGGUAUGUUCCAAUUUAUUUCCAUCGACCAUUGAAGCGUUGUACGGUGGACCGAUCGUGUAAUUGUUACCGACGUGAAUGACACCGAAAUAAAUUUUGUAUUUGGAAUUCGGUUAAGCCCUCCGUGAUUUCUGAACCCGGUGAAAGCAAUUUGUCGCGCGCGCGAACGUAAGUACGCAUGUAAGUCGCAUCUACCUUAUUAUUUAAAAUUCAGUAAUAUGAAAGUCGGGCAGGGCUGGAACUGAAGAAUGAACUGUACCUGAGUUGGAAAUGCGAGAAAGGGUUAAUGCAAUUGACUAUUGAUGGAUGCUCGAGGUUCUUUUUGUACGGAAAUUGAAGUGAAUGUAUUUCGCGAAGUAACUUCUGCAGACAUAUUCAAUUUGUGCACUAUUGUACUAAUCCCGAGUUAAAUAAACCAAACUGUUUCUUUCCAUUUAAAA